AUGUCUGCCGUGGCCGCCAGCAUUUCACUAGCCAGGCCCGCAGCCUGCAGCAGCAGGGCGGGCAGCAGCCGGCGCGCCGCCCCAGCAGCCCCAGCGGCGGCGACGCCCCGCCAGCCCACCGCGGUGCACGCGGUGGCUGGGGCGCGGCCGUCGGCCGAGCCGGAAGCCCCAGAGGCGGCCAGCACCCGCCCCCAGCCGCACGUAGAGGUCUUCCCAGCCAUGAUCGCCAGCCGCCUGACUGAGGACAAUCGCAUGUUUGUGGAGGCGCACAGGAUUCGUGGCAACGAGGUGGGCCCUGACCAGCGCACCAGCAUGAUUUCCAUCGCCACGCUGCUUCAAGAGGCGGCCGGCAACCACGCGGUGGCGAUGUGGGGGCGCAGCACCGAGGGCUUUGCCUCCGACCCGGGCAUGGCGGGCCUCAUCUUUGUGAUGACACGCAUGCAGAUCCAGAUGGAGGAGUACCCGCGCUGGGGCGACGUCAUCCAGAUCAACACCUGGUUCCAGGAGGACGGCAAGCUGCUGGCGCAGCGCGACUUUCGCAUCACCGACAAGGCCAGCGGGCGCGAGCUGGGGCGCGGCACCAGCACCUGGGUCAUGAUCAACAUGCAGACGCGGCGCCUCAGCAAGAUGCCGCCGCCCAUCCGCGAGAAGUGCGAGGCCUUCCAGCUGCAGCCGCCGCGCCACUCCAUCCCGCGCGACUGCACCCGCCAGAAGCUGCCAGACCUCAGCCUGCCCGCAGAGAUUGUGGGGCCGGUGCAGGUGGCGCGUCGCACUGACAUGGACAUGAACGGCCACGUCAACAACGUGACCUACCUGGCCUGGGCCAUGGAGACGGUGCCGCGCGACGUCUAUUACGGAUGCCACCUGUACCAGAUGGAGGUUGACUUCAAGGCGGAGUGCCACAGCGGGGAGCUGGUGGAGUCGCUGGCGGCGCGCUGCGCAACACACGACAAGCUGGCGUGCAAUGGCGCCGGCCCUGAUGCCCUCAGCUUUGUCCACGUGCUGCGCCGCUGCCAGGGCGAGGCGUGUACCGAGCUGGUGCGCGCCCGCACCACCUGGCGCGCAGGCGAGCCCACUAGCCCCAGCUCAGCCUGA